UGCUGAGAAGUUGUCCUCCUGCCAGAGCUAGAAGUUCUCCAGGGUGGCAGCAGAAGUGAGGCCCUCAAGAGACCCCAGUGACCAAAGAGCUAGCCCCAAAGUCAUGGGCCUUGAGACAGACCUGGAGACCAGCUCAGGUGGGAAGCCGGCCUGCCAUCAGAAGGCCAUCCCCGCUGCUCACCUGACUUUCAUUAUCGACUGUGCUCGUGGCAAACCGCUCACCCUAGUAGCACCCCCGGUGCCACCCCGAGCCCCUAGUCCUAAUCUAGGACCUGUCACUCCUCCAAUGAAGACCUACAUCUUGUUCUGUGGAGAAAACCAGCCCCACUUGACUCAGGAGGCCCCUCUGAGUGGGGGACACCUUGCCCACACCAGGGCCACCCUGCCGCCCUGCAGAGGGACUAUAACCCCAGCUUCCACCCCGGUCAGUCCACUGGUCCCUCAAGAGGCUCCUGAGGCCAAGGGGAGCCCCUUGAAGUCUGUGCCCUCCAGGUCUUCAGCUUGGGGAACGGUCAUCGGCUCACUCAAAGCCCUCUCCUCCUGUGUCUGUGGGCAGGCAGAUUAACUGGGAGAGCCUGGCCAUGGAGAAGGGGGUUGGCACAGCAGACUCCAGAGCUCGGGGGCUGGGGCUGCAGCUCCCAGAGCCCAGCCCCUCUUCUCCAGCCAAGCAGAAAGAAAUCUUUGCACCAGGCCCAACGAAGAGCAUUAGAUCGAUCAAGGACAUCUGAACCAGCCACCAAGUACACACUCAAGGGUCUCCUGCUUCCUCCUCCCUGUCUCCAUUCACCCUCCAGCAGGAGCAGGCUAAGGCACCUGCACAUGGAAAGAAGCCAAUUCGCUCAUACGGCAAAUCCUAAUGGAGCAUCUUCUAUCCGC